GUGUUCCCGGUCCACUGCCAAUAUUUCCGCCCCUGCUCCCGUGCUGAAUGGAUCUAUGAGGAAGCCUGUACAUGGACUGUAAACCGAGGCUGCGCUGAUUGCUUUGGAUGAGCCUCCAGCCGUCUCCUGCUGCUCUCCGCCCGAACUGAAGCAGAGGAUGGAUGGAAACUCGUGUCCGCUGAUGAUCCUGUCUGUGUUCCUGCUGUUCAGCGACUUGCUGCUCUGCUCAGCUGCCUUUCUGGAGCCGGUCGACCUGUUGUAUGAUAGCGCUGUGCAGGCUUUCUACGGCGGCGACUAUGAGAGCGUGGUGCGCUACAUGGAGGGAGCGCUCAGCAGCCACAGGGGAGUCCGGAGCACCCGGAUCCGGUGCCGGCUGAGGUGCCAGGACCAGCACCCGUUUCAUAAAACCUUCUCGGACCUGCGCUUUUUCGACGUAGUGCUGCGCAGGACUGUGUGCAUGAACGCAUGCAUUGAGGCGAAGCUUGGCACCCAGUCUGUGCAUAAGGUCAGCGAUGAGGUCAUACAGGACUUCAACAGGAGGAUCCCCUACAACUAUCUCCAGCUGGCUUAUCAGAAGUUGAAACAGCCGGAAAAGGCGGCAGCAGCAGCUCAUACCUAUUUUCAGGCCAAUCCAGAACAUGUGGAGAUGGGCCAACACCUCGAACAGUACAAAGACCUGCAGGGUGUAGAAGAAAGUCACUUUGUGGACCGGGAAGCCCGGCCUCAUCAGCAAUCAUUCACAGCUGCAGUAAAGUUAUACGACAAAGGCGACUAUGAAGGAGCUGUAACUCUGUUGGAGGAUGCUUUGGUGGAGUACUAUAAAGCCGAUGUGGAGUGUCGGGCACUGUGCCAGGGUCCGCAGAAGUUUGAGGGCCACGACCACGUACGCUACCGCUACAGCCUACAUGAAGUCGUGUCAGAUCACUUUACUCAGGUUUUGCACUGUGAACAUGAGUGCGUCCGAGAUCUCGCUACACGUCCAGGCCGCCUCUCCCCCAUGGAGAACUACCUGCCUCUUCACUACGACUACCUUCAGUUUGCCUAUUUUAAAGUCAACAGGCUGGAGGAAGCGCUGCAGUGCGCUCUGACCUACCUUCUGUUCCACGAGGGAGACGAGUUUAUGACAGACAACGUGGAUCACUACAGAGAAAUCCUGACGCAUGACAGCACCCCACGAGAGGAAGCUGAACGUUACUUGACGAGGCACCAGCUGGAACUGGAACUCCUUCUAAUGGGCAGCAAAAUAAUGGGUGUUGACUUCACUGAAGGGAAUUACUGGAGCAGCACAGGAGGAAGGGAUGAUUCCAACAGGAUUCCCUCGGGAACAGAUGGUUGGAUGGAGUAUGUUCCCAUUUCGGAGAAGAAAAACAUCACUGUGAUUGUUUCACAGCAGCUUAAAGAAGGUGGCCCCCUGCUAUAUGACAGUGUGCAGCUGGUGCAGAACUCCGUGGCUUUGAACGGUACCCAGCGGGUUCUCCUCGAUCAUGUUAUUUCUGAGGGGGAGUGUGCAGAGCUCAGAAACCUGGCACAUGCAGUCACCAUGGCAGGAGACGGUUACAGAGGCAGGAUGUCUCCACACACUCCCAACGAGAGGUUCGAAGGAGCCACUGUGCUGAAGACUCUGCAGUACGGCUAUGAGGGCCGAGUGCCCAUGAGCAGCGCUCGACUCUUCUAUGAUACCAGCGAGCGAGUGAGACGGAUCGUGGAGUCCUACUUCAUGCUCAACACUACGCUGCACUUCUCCUACACACACCUGGUGUGUCGGACAGCCAUCACAGGCCAACAAGAUCACAGGAAUGACCUGAGCCAUCCCAUCCAUGCUGACAACUGUCUGCUGGAUCCAGACGCCAACGAGUGUUGGAAAGAACCACCAGCAUACACAUACAGAGAUUACAGUGCACUGUUAUAUCUAAAUGGAGACUUUGAAGGAGGGGAGUUUAUAUUCACAGAAAUGGAUGCCAAAACAGUCACGGCAUCAAUAAAACCAAAGUGUGGUCGGCUGGUGGGUUUCUCAUCAGGGGGAGAGAAUCCACACGGUGUGAAAGCCGUCACCAGUGGGCAGAGGUGUGCUGUGGCCCUGUGGUUCACCUUAGAUCCGCUCUACAGAGAACUGGAGAGACUGCAGGCGGAUGAGGUGAUCCAGGCUUUGGACACACAGUCUGUUUGGGGUCAGGGCCUCACCAUCAACCCUAAAGAUGAACUGUAGAGGUGGUGCACACAAAGAAGUGUCCAUCACUUCUUCAUUAUCUUUACCAAUGAAACCCUUUGGUAUAUUUUGCUAUUUAUUAAACAAUGUUUGGAUCAGAACAUUUCUAUUUUUGUACUGUGCUAUACCGAAGUGCAAAGUUAAUAAUAGUGUUGUGUAAUUGGUUUUAUUUGUACCGUUAAACUUCUGUUUGGCUUUUGAACCUUUUUCCAGUAACAUCCUGUUGUUUGGUAUUUUUUUAUGCUGUGAACUGUGAAGUUGAUGUUUCACUGUUUUGGGUUGUGAUUGUUUCCCAUCUUAAUUCAGAAAACUUUGAGGUUAGUAACAAAAUAUACCUGAAACUUUUAUUACAACUAGAACUGCUACAAAAAUAUAUGUAUUGUUACACACAGUAAGAUGUUACUCAGUUUUUGAAAUUGCCAGUAAUAAUUUUCAAGGUUGGUGGUACACUGUUCCUCUAUUUUGGAAAUUGCAAUAAUUGGAACCUGUUCCAUGCUGAAUACAUAAUUUGUAAGAGCAUUGUACAGUUUUGCACAUUUACUGAUAUGAGAAUGGUGAUCUCAUGAGUAUUUGAUUUAUUUAUGUUUUUUUAGACAGCUGAUGUCUGCAUUUCAUAUGAAAAAGGUUGUUUUUUUUUUCAUGAAAGAUGCCAGCUGUUCCUGUUUCAAGGAAUGUGUUUUUAUGAGCAUUUAUUACUUCAUGCCUGUAUUGAUCAUGAUGAUGAUGAUGCACUGUAAGUCAAAACUUAAAGUUUCCUAUGUGCUCUCAAUAUUUGUAUUGUGGCCUUAAGAGGGAGACCAUUUUUGUUUAAGUUAACAUAAAAUGGGUGUGUUCACGCAUAGAAAUAAAAACAAAUUGAAAUUGUU